GGCGUCACGUGACGGGGCAGGGUCCAAUGAGCGCAGGGUGCUGUCUCCUCUUCACACUGAGACGGUCAGCAGGAAAAGCGGAGAAUAAAAGCGAUCGGAGAGGCAGAAAUGGCCUACAACACCCUCUGAGGACCCCGGAGACGCCGGAACGAAGUGUUUUUCUGCCGAUUCGACCCGAGGAUUUACCGAGUCCGGCUCCGAGGUGUACCCACUGGAUCAGGCCAUGGCCCUCACACUCUGAGAACGGCGCUGUGUCCGUGGAGUGGGGGGAGUACGCGCACCGUGAAGACUGUUCACGGAGAGGAAAAUGGUGGAUUAUUGUCAGUGAGUGAUUAAACGGUUGGAACAUCUGGAUCUGCUGACGUCCUGUUCGUGUGUUGGUAGGUAAGCUCCCUCACCCCAUCCCUCCGCCUCAUCCCAACGACCUUCUGAUUUAUUUUAAAACAAAAGAAAAAAAUCCUGCACGACCCUCCGUCAAAACUCCACUGGGAACAAUAAAUCUGGGAUUACUGGGGGAGAAAAUGGAUUACAACAGUGGCGGCGGGGGACCCAACGAGCUGCACAACAACCAGUUCUACCAGUGCGAGGAGAGCAAGCCCUUACUGGGGGAGAUGUCCGAGGGCAACAACAACACGAAGCUGGGCGCAGGGCCGUGCAGAAGGUCCCUGCACCACUGCAGCAGCAGCGGGAUGCGCUACAAGCUGCUGCACGAAGGGGACAUCCAGGUGUGCGUGGUCAAACACCCACGCACCUUCCUCAGCAAGCUGCUCACCUCCAAGUACCUGCGGAGGUGGGAGCCGCACCACCUGACGCUGACGGACAGCGGCCUCAGCUCGGCGACGCCCACCGGUUACAUGGAGACGACUUUGUCCUACAGCUCCAUAGAGGACCUGCAGCUCCUCUCCUGGGACAAUGCUCCCAAGUACUGCAUCCAGCUCAGCAUCCCUGGAGGCACCAUCCUGCUGCAGGCUGCCAACAGCUACCUGAGGGACCAGUGGUUUCACUCCCUGCAGUGGAAGAAAAAGAUCUACAAAUACCGUAAAGUCCUGAACAACCCGAGCCGCUGGGACGUGGUGCUGAAGGAGAUCCGAGCGCUGGUGGACAUGGCUCUGACCUCCCCGCUGCAGGACGAAUCCAUCCACCAGGCCCCGCUGCACAUCAUCUCCACCCUGCUGGCAGAGAACUCGAACCUGAGCGCUCAGGAUCACGAGAACAUCAUCGUGGCGAUCGCUCCGCUUUUGGAAAACAACCACCCGCCGCCCGACCUGUGCGAGUUCUUCUGUAAGCACUGUCGGGAGCGGCCGCGCUCCAUGGUUGUGAUCGAAGUUUUCACGCCUGUAGUCCAGAGAAUCCUCAAACACAACAUGGAUUUUGGGAAGUGCCCUCGGCUUCGUCUCUUCACUCAGGAGUACAUUCUGGCUCUGAACGAGCUGAACGGCGGGAUGGAGGUGGUUAAGAAGUUUAUCCACAGCAUGCACGGUCCGACGGGGCAGUGCCCUCACCCCCGUGUGCUGCCCAACCUGGUGGCCGUCUGCCUGGCGGCUAUUUACUCCUGCUAUGAAGAGUUCAUCAACAGCAGAGACAACUCUCCCAGCCUGAAGGAGAUCAGGAACGGCUGCCAGCAGCAAAACGACCGCAAGCCGCCGAUGCCGCUACGGCUGCUGCGACCAGAACCGCCGACGCCGCCUCCCUCCACCAUCCUGCCUCUCUCCAGCGCCCCCCAGCCAUCUCCACCCGCUAACCCGGCGACUCCGUCCAUCCCCAUCUCCUCCCCGACGCCCUGCCUGCCGCUCUCCCCUCCGCCCUCCAUCGUCAACUCCAGCGAGAUCCUGGUGGAGCUGGAGCGGAACAACAACACGACCAACGCCAAGCGGAAGGGCGGGCCUGCAGGGGGCGACAGCGAGCCGAACCUCAUCGACUGUCUGCUGGUCAGCCCGGCUGUGAACACGCUGUCCAUCCAGCUGCCGGCGCAGGCCGACCGAGUGCUGGGCUGCUUCGCCCUCAUCCUCAAGAUGCUGUCGGACUACGAUGACUGGAGACCGGCUCUGGCCAGUCUGCUGCAGCCCAUCCCGUUCCCGAAAGAAGCUCUGGCUCAUGCCAAAUUCACAAAGGAGCUGAAAUACGUCAUCCAGAGGUUUGCAGAGGAUCCCAGGCAGGAGGUUCACUCUUGCCUGCUCAGUGUGCGCUCAGGCAAAGAUGGCUGGUUCCAGCUCUACAGCCCAGGGGGCGUGGCCUGCGAUGACGACGGCGAGCUGUUUGCUAGCAUGGUCCACAUCUUGAUGGGUUCCUGCUACAAAACAAAGAAGUUCCUCCUCUCUCUGGCUGAGAACAAGUUGGGUCCCUGCAUGCUGCUGGCCCUGCGAGGGAACCAGACCAUGGUCGAGAUUUUGUGUCUGAUGCUGGAGUACAACAUCAUCGAGAACAAAGACACGCAGCUGCAGAUCAUCUCCACUCUGCAGAGCACGCAGGUGGGCUUCCGCAUGUACGAGCAGCUCUGCGACCGUCAGCGGGAGCUGAAGGAGCUGCAAAGAAAAGGAGGUCCCACCCGGCUGACUCUGCCCUCCAAGUCCACGGAUGCAGAUCUGGCCCGCCUGCUGAGUUCAGGCUCCUUCGGGAACUUGGAGAACUUGAGCCUGGCCUUCACCAACGUCACCAGUGCCUGUGCGGAGCAGCUCAUCAAGCUUCCGUCACUCAAACAGCUCAACCUCUGGUCCACUCAGUUCGGGGAUGCAGGACUGAGGUUGUUAUCCGAGCAUCUGGCCUGCCUUCAGGUCCUGAACCUGUGUGAGACGCCGGUCACCGACGCCGGUCUGCUGGCUCUGAGCUCCAUGAAGAGCCUGUGCAGCCUGAACAUGAACAGCACCAAGCUCACAGCCGACACGUACGAAGACCUCAAGGCCAAACUGCCCAACCUGAAGGACGUUGAUGUCCGAUACACAGAGGCCUGGUGAUCCACCACGGCCUCCUGCCCCAUCCAUGGUCACACACACACACACACACACACACACACACACACACACACACACACACACACACCCCACCAUCAAUUGCAUCGACCAGAACCUCAGCGCCUCUCCGCCAGCCAGGUAUGGAGGAGAUUUCUUCAGCUUCAACCACUUCAGGGUGCAGCCGUGAAGGAAAGGUCAACAUUUCUCCGUGGACGUUUCAUCCCUCCUCCCUUCUACCCUUUUUUAAGGAUCUGUUUUAGUCAGACUGCACAGGGACCACACCCAUUUCAUCCGUCCUUGGCCCUAAAUGGUCUCUAAGUUUUGAGGCUCCCUAUAAUGAACGCUGGAGACGUUCAGGUGUUGUGUCCGAAACCGUUUUCCCUCUAAGGUGAGUUCCUCCUACCAGUUCUGACCUGAUGUAGCGUCAAUAACCUCACGUUGCAUUCAAAUACACCUCGUAUUCUAGAUAAUCUAGAUUAAAAUUAAUCUAAAAUCAGAUAAUGAAACUUUAAUAUCAUGAAAUACCGCCAGACUUAAUCAGCACUUUCUACAUAUUUAUCAUGUAUUUGUUUUAUUAAUAAUUCAGAAAAGAUGGAGACAGAAAUAAUUUUUUUUAAAUUUAGCUACAAAGAAAAAAACCCCAUUACAUUACCAAUAAAAAAAAGUAUUUUAAACGUUAUUUUCAAAAGGUACUUUAAAUCUUAAAGCCAUGACUCAAAUUUAUUGAAUGUGAUUAUAUUGGAAAGGGUCAGGCUUGAGUUUUAUGUUUUGUAUCCAGAAGUUUGGAUUAUCAUGUUGAAUUUAAUUUUAUUAAAUUUAUCUAAUAAAAUUAUGUAUCUGUUGAUAUCUGACCAGAUCUGGAGGGACCCUGUCCCCUGUUAGCCCCCAUCUAGGACCACCCAUGGCCCAGAUGGUCUUCAGCCCCUGAAUAAUUCUGCUUCAGGCUCUUUUGUCCAGGUCACAAAAAUACAUAAUUUAGAAACAUGUCAUGUAAUUCUGGAUCAAGGGACAUUCAAGUCACUCCUAAAACAGAUUCUAAAGAAAUAAUACUAAAUUUAUUUAACAGAAAUUAAAGUAUUUUUUUUAAUCUAUGAAUAUAAUAAUAAAUGUUAAACUGUUGCACUUUUAGCUUCAGUCGUAUUGAGAUAAAAUCACAGUAGGGCUGAGCGAUAUGGCCAAAAAUAAAAUCUGAUUUUUUUUACAUCAGUUCCAGUUUUUAAUAUUAAUAGAUCUUUGUCUCACUUUUUUAAAAAAAAAAUAAAAAUAAUUACAGAAAAUAUUUUCUAUCAUCUCUUCUAUGACUUGUGCAACUGAGUAUUGGAGUCGGGCUAUAACAAUUUAUUGUUUAAUUUUGAGAAUAUAAUCAUAAUAUCAGCAGAAUAAAGACACAAUUGUACCACAAUAAGUUAUAAAAUUACACAAAAAAAGUUGUUUUAAUGAGAAAAAAUCUUUUGGUUGUCAAAAUCUAAUGUAACCAAGUAUUUCCUCGAAACAGACAGUUCUUUGCACAAUCAUUUCAAAGUUCUGCUACUGAUAAUAAUUUCAUGCUGAUAGCAAAGUAUAACUUCACAAGACACUCACCAUUCCUCAUUUUAAGUUUUCGUAUAGAAGUUAUAAAAUUACUACUUUUUUCUAACAUUAGGACUUUAUUAUGGCUGUAGUAUGGGUUUAUUCUCAUAUUACUUUGUAAUAUUAUGGCUUUAUUCUCGUAAAUAAAUCAAAAAAACCAAUCUUAGCUUGGCCCUAAGUUCAAAAUCUAAAUAAAUUGAAGCUGUAAAACACUUGUCAAAACAAGAUGGCGGCCCUGAGCGUACCAACAUCAAAGUCCAGAUUUUUCCAAAAAUGUAAUCUUUGAAAAACAAAAAAUCUAUUAAUUGAUGACAUUUUAUCUAGAACCGUCUCUGGUGUAGAUUUACUGGUGUUGAAUUUGCUUUUACUGGUGGAGGAACUCAUUUUGCAGCGGAAACUUUGCUCUGCACAAUAGCCGUUAGUCUCCGAACCGCUCCAUGAUGUAGCUCCCUGAACGGACCGACCGAACCCUAUCGGAGUCAGGACCUUUCAGUUUUUCCUAAAAAAACAAAACUACUCCUAAUGUUCGUCACAUGGGGAAAAAAAAGAAAACUGAGUUUUUUAUGAUCUUGCACAUAUUUUUCCAGAUUUGGAAGUGGAUGCGUUCGUGUUCCGCUUGUUUUCGGGAGGGAAAACAUGGCGGCUGCUGUUUCUUUUUCUUUUCUUUUUUUCGUUUGUAUCCGGACGGAAGAGGAAAACCACUAAGCUCCGAGUGACGUCAUGCUGAGUCCUCUCGGGACAUUUUUUUGGCUCUGGAAACAAACUGUUGUAGGACAAUUUUGCCAAAUAAAAAAA